AUGGCCAACAAAGCUCUCAUCUUCAAGGAAAUCCCUCAGGGAUACCCCGUCCCCGGCCAGCACCUCACCAUUGAGAACGCCACCUAUGACGCCAACGUUGCUGCUCCUACCGAUGGCGUUGUCCUCCAGUCCCUCUACACCAGCUUCGACCCUUACAUGCGCGGCCGCAUGCGCUCUGCCGAGACCAAGUCCUAUGCUCCUGCUUUCGAUCUGAACAAGCCCAUUGAGAGCGCCAGCAUUGCCAAGGUCAUCCGCUCCAACACCGACUCCUUCAAGGAGGGUGAUCUCGUCAUUGGCCACGUCCCCGUCCAGGAGUAUGUUGCCCUCGACAAGCAGAACCUGGUCCGGGUUCGUAAGCUCGACAACCCCCUCGGCAUUGAGGAUAUCCGUGUCUUCCUCGGUCCCCUCGGCAUGCCCGGUUUGACUGCCUACUCCUCCCUGUACGCCAUCGGCAAGCCCAAGAAGGGUGAGACCAUCUUCGUCUCCGCUGCUAGCGGUGCCGUUGGCCAGCUCGUUGGCCAGCUCGCCAAGCACGAGGGUCUCCGCGUCAUUGGCUCCGUCGGCUCCGACGAGAAGCUUGACUAUAUCCUGAAGGACCUCAACUUCGACGGUGGUUUCAACUACAAGAAGGAGAAGCCCGCCGAUGCUCUGGCUCGUCUCGCCCCCGAGGGCAUUGACAUCUACUACGAGAACGUCGGUGGUGAGCAUCUUGAGGCUGCUCUUGAUGCCAUGAACAACUUUGGCCGCGUUGUUGUUUGCGGUAUGAUCUCGCAGUACAACUCUGCCCCCUACCCCAUCAAGAACAUCCAGAACGUCCUCGUCAAGCGUAUCACCAUGCGUGGCUUCAUUGUCGCUGAUCCCGACAUGGGCCCCGUCUACACCAAGGAGCACCAGGAGCGUGUUCAGAAGUGGAUCAAGGAGGGCACCUUCAAGGUUCUUCUCCACGAGACCGACGGUAUCGACAACGCCGCUGAGGGCCUUGUCGGUAUCUUCCACGGCAAGAACAUGGGCAAGGCCGUCCUCAAGUUCUAA